CAGUGACAGCAGAGGUAUUAACCCAUGCAGUGACAGUUCGUUUGAUUUUUAUCUUAUUUUUUGUUUAUAAAAAAAUAAGAUCCUCCAAAAACUAACUUUUAGUUCAGAAGUAUUAAUACAUCCUUUUAGUCUUCAAUAGGACUUAACCAUGGCUGAUGUAAGAGACAUAAUGGAAAUUGAAAGGGCCGCCACCCCGGAGCUGACCCGAGAGGCAAUUUUAGGCACAGAUAAGCCCAGGAAAAAACUCUCUGCAGGCCCCAAACCUUCCAAAAGACCGGAGGGUAUGCACAGGGAAGUUUUUGCUUUAUUGUACAAUGACAAUAAGGAUGUGCCCCCCUUAUUUCCAUCUGACACAGUUGGAAAUGGGUAUAAGCAAGUGAAAAUCAAGUUGGGAAUGAGGAGGCCUCGAAAGUGGAAGUGGAUGGCUUUCACAAACCCCGCUAGGACUGAUAAUGCCACUUUUUACCAUUGGAAGAGGCCAAGUGAUGAACCUAAGGAGUACCCCUUUGCAAAGUUUAAUAAAAAAAUUGAGCUUCCGACAUAUACUGAUGUAGAGUACCAACAGCAUUUGACAUGUGAGUCAUGGUCCAAAGAGGAAACCGAUCAUCUUAUGGAUUUGGCUCAGAGAUUUGAUUUGAGGUUCAUUGUCAUGGCCGACCGAUAUGACACUGAGAAGUUUAGUAAGAGAUCAGUGGAAGAUUUAAAAGACAGAUAUUAUAAAAUACAUGGGAUCCUUGCCAAGUUGAAUGGUGAAAAGAAAAUUUACACUUAUGAUGCCGAACAUGAGAAGAAAAGGAAGGAGCAGCUCAGGAAGUUGUAUGAGAGGACACCAGCACAAAUGGAUGAAGAGCAGUUCCUCCUAGGUGAACUGAAGAAAAUAGAAGUGCGCAAGAAGGAGAGAGAACGUAAAACCCAAGACUUACAAAAGUUGAUUAGUCAGGCUGAUAGCCAGAAUGACACUCCAAGGAAAACUGACAAAAAAAUCCAGAAAAAAAAAGUUCCUAACCCCAGUAGACCUUCCAGAGUGGACACCAAUUACAUUUUACAGGCUGUUGAAAGCGCAGGCAUAAAAUUCCCUGAUUACAAAAACAGUGGGGUCUCCCUAAGGUCCCAAAGGAUGAAAUUGCCUGCCAAUGUGGGCCAGAAAAAGUCAAAAGGGAUUGAGCAAGUGUUACAAGAUUUAGGAUUAGAAUUAAAUCCCACACCCUCAGAAGAGGUGUGCCAACAUUUUAAUGAACUGAGAAGCGAUACAGUGCUGCUAAUUGAAAUCAAAGCUGCACUGGCAACAUGUGACUACGAGCUGCAGUCUUUGAGGCAUCAAUAUGAGGCCUUGGCACCUGGAAAGACUUUGAUCAUUCCUCCCCAACUAACCAACGGGGAAACCGACCUGAAUAAGACAAACCCGGGGGAAAUCAUUGAUGUAGUCGGCUCGCCGGGGACUCCAUUGAAUACCUAGCUAACAGUUUUACGAAUUAGGAUAUAAUUGUGGUAGUUUUUAAAAAUGCAUUCUCAUGUUUAGGUAUAUGUGUAUUAUAUAGAUGUAAUAAAUGGACUUCCUUCAUGUUGUUAUUAAGGACAGAAAAUAGGAAAUUAAAAAAAAAACAUAUUGGGUUAUAUGUAUUUAUUAAACUGUAACCAUAAUACAGAUAUUCAAUAUUAAAGUAAUUCACCUUAAAAA